GUGAUGAUCUUCAGCAAGAGCUACUGUCCGCACAGCGCGCGGGUUAAAGAACUCUUUUCGUCUUUGGGAGUUGCAUUUAAUAUCUUGGAACUUGAUAAAAUCGGCUGUGUGCACGCGCAUCAGAGUGGUUUAUUACAGACGCUCCUUGAGGAAAAGUCGCACGCAUCUGCAUAUGACUAUGACCUCAUUGUCAUCGGCGGGGGCUCUGGUGGCCUUUCAUGUGCUAAGGAAGCUGCCAUCUGGGGGAAGAAGGUCAUGGUGCUAGACUUUGUGGUCCCGUCGCCUCAUGGCACAUUUUGGGUUAAGCACAACUGGGAGACCAUGAUAGAAGCAAUUCAAAAGCACAUCGGCUCUUUAAAUUGGCAUUACAAGUCGUCUUUGAGGGAAAAAGCUGUGACCUAUGUCAAUUCCUAUGGAGAAUUUGUUGCAGAUCAUAAAAUAAAGGCAACCAAUAAAAAGGGACAAGAAGCUUAUUUUACUGCUGCAAAUUUUGUCAUAGCAACAGGGGAAAGGCCACGGUAUUUAGGACUCCCAGGAGAUAAAGAAUACUGUAUUACUAGCGAUGACCUUUUUUCUCUGCGCCAUUCCCCCGGCAAGACUCUCGUUGUGGGUGCGUCCUACGUGGCUUUGGAGUGCGCAGGGUUUCUGAUUCAGCAGUUGGAGAGUGGUUCACCUGGGAAACUGAAAGUAGUGGCCAAAUCCACUGAAGGACGUGAAACGAUUGAAGACAUAUAUAACACAGUUUUAUUAGCAAUUGGCCGUGAGUCAUGUACAAGAAAACUAGGCUUGGAGAAGAUCGGUGUCAAAAUUAAUGAGAGUGACAUAGCUGCAUCCAUCAUGCUGUGCAGCAUCCGGUUCCCACAGGAAUCUGAGCUGAAGGCAACAGUAGGAGCGACUUGUGAUUAUGUCAAUGUCCCAACGACCGUGUUCACUCCUUUGGAGUAUGGCUGCUGUGGGUAUGCUGAAGAGAAAGCCGCUGAAGUGUAUAGCAAAAAGAAUCUAGAAGUCUAUCAUACUUUGUUCUGGCCUCUUGAGUGGACGGUUGCUGACAGAGACAACAAUACUUGUUAUGCAAAGAUAAUUUGCAAUAGGCUUGACAAUGAUCGGGUGAUCGGCUUUCAUAUCUUUGGACCAAAUGCUGGCGAAAUUACCCAAGGAUUUGCAGCUGCAAUGAAAUGUGGUCUUACAAAACAGCUGCUUGAUAACACCAUUGGAAUUCACCCCACAUGUGGAGAGGUAUUCACCAGUUUGGAGAUCACAAAGUCCUCGGGACUAGACAUCUCUCAGAAAGGCUGCUGAGGUUAAAUCCUGCUGCCUUUUUGCUUUGUUUCCUUGUCAUAGUCACGAUUCCUUGGGAGACUUAAAACCGCUCUCAGAGAGAAGCUACCUCGGACCCCAGCGGUGCAGCGGGUCUGAGAGUGGGACGAGGAACACAGGCAAGCAGCAGGGUAUCUUCCUCAGUGCACUUGACUGGCUUGGAGAAGCAGCUUCUCUGCUUUCUUGAUGUCUUAGCUUGGAACCUCUUGGUGAGGGGGGCUAAGACCGACUCUCCCAGAAGUCAAAAUACUGUUGUUGUUGUUGUUGUUGUUGUUUUCAAAUGUAAGAGUUGAGCUUCAUUUUUUUUCUGACAGUUAAUUGAAGCUAACGCUUCUGGUUGGUUGGGUUUUUAUCUCAUUGCUUUGUUUUAUCUGUUAAUAGAUUUUGUCUGUUAUAAAAUUGACUAACGGUUCAUCUUCUGAUGGGUGGGGCUAGAAUUCACUUAUGAUCUCUGGUGAGUGUGGGGGUCAUCUGUGGAAGCACACUGGAUUAGCUGACUGUGGAAGACUAUAAGUGGCAUUAGUAAAAAGUCACAAAUACUGUAUAGAUUUUAGUCCACAUUUUUCUCCUUUAAGUGCAUUUUAAUUCACUAUCAAAGCCUGACUCUUGCUUUCUCCACCUACACAUUCCUAAGGAUGAUUACCUGGAAGUCAUUCUAACUGUUAAUGUUUCUAGACUGAGCAAAAUGUCUCAUGUAAGGGAAAAACACUUGAAUUUUUUUUAAUGUUGAUCUUACGACUUGCAUUUUAAAAGGGUUUCAAUAUUAUAUAUCUAGUUUUAAAACUUUAAAAUUAUUCAAAUUUAAUAAAUUAUUCAAGUCAGUCUGUUUAACAACUGUCAAGUUCAAUAAAUGCAUUGGCGAUAUUGCAUGAUUUCUUGAAUUAGAGAAAUGGAUCUAUCCAAGGUCCCUUUGGAAGACCUGUUGUCUUUUUUAGCUUACUCAAGGCAGCCCCUGUUUUAAUAAGUGGUGAUCUAGUCAUCUAUCCCAGUGCUAUAGGGUUGGAGAGCUUGAUAGUCAGAAUUUCUAGGCAUACAUUUGAAAGAAAUUUAAACCAAGGAACAAUUAGUAGGCCACGUUAUCUACAGAAAUUAUUGUACCGCCUAUACAACAGUUACUUUGCUGCUCCCCUUGGAACAGGAGGUAGAACAAGGAAGGGAUCCACAGAGGAUAAAUACAAAGAUCAUUUAUUGAGUUGCUUUCUUAUUGGCAAAAGAAAACUAACAAGUGUAAAGCCCCCCCCCCACUUCCUCCCCGCAAAAAAGAACAUAGUGUGUAGUAAUUGUUUAACUGAUCACAAGAGUGUAAUGGAAAUCAUAAAGAUGCUAUUAAUUUCACUUAUGUAUGGAACAGAAUGUGGUCAUUGAGUAGUGUAGGAGAAGCAGCUGUAUUUGAGCUUAGUUAUAAGGGGUGGACAGUAACUAAACCCAUCACACAAUAUGGAGAAGGUCUGAACAAAGCUCUCAAGUGAUUACAGUAAAAUAUUUUUUUUAAAACCCCUUUGUGUGUUGCUGAGUUUCCCCCCAACACAACCGAAGUUUCCCAGAACCACAAAGUAAAAUGAAACAAAGAUCUUGGAAGCCUUGGGCAUCUGCUUGGGCCACUGAGCAUGACCCUCAACUAGCUGGAUUGGCACAGAGCUGCAAGAGUGGACUCAAGCACAGGGACAAUUG